AAAGAGAGGAACUCACUUUUCACGCACUUUGUGUAGACGCGAGCGCACUAGCGCGCGCCCACACACCACCCGGCCCCCUGCGACUAGCCCAAGGCUUGUAAUUCUCUGCUGCGUUGCUUAGAGAGGUGAACCGAAACCCUGUGCCUGCGCACUUCAAUCCCAAACCGUCUAGUGUGACGCUCGGCCAGUCUCUGUGGCAGACCCAGGCUCGGAGCUGAGAGGAAUCAUCGGGACUUCCAGGCUCCUUCUGCAAGGCCAGGGAGAGGUCGGCGUGGCAAGAGCCGGGGCAGAGGGGGCGGUAUUACGAACCCCCAGAGGAGCUGAGCUGUGGCAGUUGAACUCCCGGGUGCCGAGCCUUUUUCUGGUCAGGACUACAUUUCCCAGUGGCCCCCGCGAGCACUGGGCCCUCUGCCCCUUUGUGUCCUCCGGAGGCCAGGUCGCUUCUUUCCGGGCCCGCGGAGGCUGGGUUCCCUCAGAUUCAGGGCAGGAGGUGGGCCCGAGAGGAGGUUACCCGAGUUUUCCGGGCUUGGACCUGGUCUUCCGGUACUUCGGUUCUGCAGGACACUGCCAUUUCCCAAGAGAAGAGUCAAGGGGAGGAAAGAAUGGCUGUUGGACUUCUUAAAGCCAUGUACCAGGAGUUGGUGACCUUCAGAGAUGUGGCUGUAGACUUCUCCCAAGAGGAGUGGGAUUGUCUGAAUUCUUCUCAGAGGCAUCUGUACAGUAAUGUGAUGUUGGAGAACUACAGGAUCUUGGUAUCACUGGGACUUUGCUUUUCUAAACCAAGUGUGAUAUUAUUGUUGGAACAAGGGAAGGAGCCCUGGAUGGUAAAGAGAGAGCUGACAAAAGACUUGUGCUCAGACUGGGAAUCUGUGUGUGAGACUGAAGAGUUAACCCCAAAGCAGGACAUUUAUGAAGUGCGAUCAUCUCAGAAAGUAAUAGAAACACUUACAAGCUGUGGCCUUGAGUACUCCAGUUUGAAAGAAGAAUGGAAAUGUGAGGGCCACUUUGAGAGGCAACCAGUGAAUCAGAAGGCAUGUUUCAAGGAAAAGACAAUCACUCAUGAAGAAGCCCCUGUUGAUGAAAGAGGACAAGAAUAUAACAAAACUUGGGGAAGUUUCCAUCCCAGCACACUACUUCAUACACAACAGAUAAUCCCCAAAGAGGAGAAAGUACAUAAACAUAACACACAUAAAAGCUUUAAAAAAAAAUUAAUGGCUAUUAAGCCCAAGAGUAUCUAUACAGAGAAGAAACUUUUGAAAUGUAAUGACUGUGGGAAAGUCUUCAGUCAGAGCUCAUCCCUUACUCUUCAUCAAAGAAUUCAUACCGGAGAGAAACCCUAUAAAUGUAUAGAAUGUGGGAAAGCCUUCAGCCAGAGAUCAAAUCUUGUUCAACAUCAGAGGAUUCAUACUGGAGAGAAACCCUAUGAAUGUAAGGAAUGUAGGAAAGCCUUCAGUCAGAAUGCACACCUAGUUCAACAUCUGAGAGUUCAUACUGGAGAAAAACCUUAUGAAUGCAAAGUGUGUAGGAAAGCCUUCAGCCAGUUUGCUUACCUUGCUCAACAUCAGAGAGUUCAUACUGGAGAGAAACCCUAUGAAUGUAUUGAAUGUGGGAAAGCAUUUAGCAAUAGAUCAUCUAUUGCUCAACACCAGAGAGUUCAUACUGGUGAGAAACCUUAUGAAUGUAAUGUCUGUGGGAAAGCAUUUAGCCUUCGUGCAUACCUUACUGUACAUCAGAGAAUACAUACUGGAGAGAGACCCUAUGAAUGUAAGGAAUGUGGGAAGGCUUUCAGCCAGAAUUCACACCUUGCUCAACAUCAGAGAAUUCAUACUGGAGAAAAACCUUAUAAGUGUCAGCAAUGUAGGAAAGCAUUUAGCCAGAUUGCCUACCUUGCUCAACAUCAGAGAGUUCAUACUGGAGAGAAACCCUAUGAAUGUAUUAAAUGUGGGAAGGCUUUUAGCAAUGAUUCAUCCCUUACUCAACAUCAGAGAGUUCAUACUGGAGAGAAGCCUUACGAAUGUAAUGUUUGUGGAAAGGCUUUUAGUUACUGUGGAUCCCUUGCCCAACAUCAGAGAAUCCAUACUGGAGAGAGACCCUAUGAAUGUAAGGAAUGCAAGAAAACCUUCAGGCAGCAUGCACACCUUGCUCAUCAUCAGAGAAUCCAUCUUGGGGAGUCACUGUCACCACCCAAUCCAGUCAAUCACCAAGUCCUGUAGACUAUCUCAAAAAUACUUCUGGAAUUUAUACUCUUUUCUCCAUCUCUAAUGUUGUCAUCCUAGUCUAAGAUUCAUCUCACCUGGAUCACUCUAUAGCUUUCUAACAGGUUUUCCUGUAUCAACUUUUGGUCCCCUUAAAUUCAUUUCCCACCAUGCACCCAAACUGAUCUUUUUCAAGUGUAAGAAUACACACAUCACUGCCUCCAGUUAAGUUUUUUUGGCUUGCUGUUGUUCUUAAGCUAGCAUUCACAGUCUUUAAAACUGUCUAUGAGGAGUUUCAUUAUCUGGUUCUUAGAAACCUUUCAGCCUUAUUUUAUUCCAGUCUCUCUGGGCAGUAGGCACUUCCCAGGACUAAGAGCUUAGAUUCUGGAAAAUCAUAGCUCUACCACUACUGUAGCAUUGUGUGAUUUUGAGUAACUUGCUUGACUUAUCUAAACCUCAGGGUUUUCUUUAAUUCUUAAAAUAGGGAUAAUAAAGGAUACUGUAUUGUAGAAAUGUGAGUAUUAAAUGAAAUAGUGUCUAUUGUAGAUUGGUGCAUAUUAAGUAAGAAAUUUGCAUGCGAAGUACUUAACAUAGUGCAUCAAAUAUAGCAGAUAUUCAAUUUAAUAAUAAUAGCUAACAUGCAUUGAGUGCCUACUAUGCACCAGGCACUAUUCUACAUACUCAACAUAUAUUAACUCAUUUAAUCCUUACAGCUAAAACAAGAUUCGUUAGUGGACAAAGCAGAACAUCCAUGGGAAGCAGCAGGUCAGAAUUGGGGAAACCUAAAAACUUUAGAAUAUAUGUGGGAGUGUUUGUACUCUAGGUGAGUAAUUGAUACAGACAAAAGUAGUAGAACUAUAACACAACCAGUUUUAGGAGGUUUCUAAAGAAAAAAUUGGAUAAACUAAUUAAAGAAAAUGAAGAUUCACUGAGAAAAAUACAGAACUUAUAUUUAGAUCAAGAAAAGAACAGAGAGUAUUGCAAUUAAUUCCAAAAACCCAAUAAACAGAAAUUUAUACUGUAGAAUAAAAAGACAUCAGUCCCAGGUAAUUGUAUGGGUGAAUCUAGGUGAUUUCAAAAGCAUUUAAACUGUUUCAUACCAUAGAAAAAGUAUAAAGUUUAUAAAAUUUUAUCAAGUGAUUAUAAAAUUGAAACCAAAAGGGGACUGAGGGAAGAAAACUACAGUCAAAUGUAGUUUGACGACAUUUAUAUAUAUACACACAUGCAUAUAUAUACUUUCAUUCAUUCAGUGAAUUUUGAGUAACUGCUGUUUGCCACACACUGAUUUAGACAUGAGGAGAUAAGAUGAUCAAUACAAAGACCAUGUUCUCAUGGAGUUAAAACAAUAGAUUUUCUAGGCCCAGAAAACUGAAGAACAAUAAAAUAAAUUGAAGGGUAUUAUAUAGCCUAGGCUGAAGAGACUCAAAAUAACAAAGUUAUCAGUUACUCCUAAUUUACAACUUCACUGCAGUUCCAACCAAAAUUCCUCAAUGGGCCUUUUUGCCCUUUAAUGUCACAGCUUUGUUUUGAAAUUCAUCUAUGAAGUGUGAAUUCUAAAGAAACAAAAUUAUCGAAUCUAAUCUAUUUGUAGAAACUUUGCAUAUGAUAAAGAUGGUUUAUACCAGUAGAGGAAGGAUGGAUUUGGGAGUAGUAAAAUAAUUGACAAUGUACAUCACGGCAGUAAGGGAAAAAAAUAAAACCACAAUGAACUAUUUCAAAAUCAUCACAUUAACAAAAGCAUCACAGUACCUAUUACUGGGAAGAUGUAGAGCAAUAGGAAUAUUCAUACAGUGCAGUUGAAAAUAGUUUUUUAAAAAUAAUUUAUCAAUAUCUAGUAAAGUUGAAGAUGUGGAUACUCUUUGACCCAGCAAUUCCACACUUAAACCUCUACAGAGCCUCUCCUUAUGUGUUCAGGGAGAUGUACAUGAAGACCCACUUCAGUGUUGUUUGUGAAAAUGAAAAGUUUAGGGUAAGCAAAACAAUCAUUAGCGUUUAAGUAAGUUAGAAUUGAAAUUAAUGAACUAGAGGUACUUUUAUCAAUAUGGAUACAUCUCAGAAACAAUAUUGAAAUCGAACUAGAGGGUAUUUUGUAUGAUAUGGUUCCACUUAUUUAUAUAAAGUUUGAAAACAUGCAAAUCAACACUGUAUUUUUCAUGGCUAAAUACCAUAUUGAAAUAGUGUAAUAACAUUUAUGGAAAUAAUCAUCAAAUUGUGAUGACCUCUGGGGAGGGAGAAAAAUGAGAUUGAGGAAAGGAUGCAAAGGGAGGUAUCUUUUAAUCAUUAAUUUCUUUAAAAAAUAACUGGCCAGUUAUUCUAAAUUGAUAAAGCUGGUUGUGGGUUUUUAUUCUCU